AUGAAUUUUCUUGAUUUACCAGAGGAAUGCAUCGCCACCAUGAUUUCUUUCACCAGCCCCUUCGACGCAUGCCGUAUCUCUGCUGUCUCUAAAUUGCUUCGCUCCGCGGCGGAUUCCAAUACCACUUGGGAGAGAUUUCUUCCAUCAGAUUAUCGUAUGUAUAUCGAUAAUUCUUUAUCUAGAUUUUCCAACAAGCAGCUCUUCCUACGUUUUUGUGAAUCCCCUCUUCUCAUCGAGGAUGGAAGAACGAGCUUUUGGAUGGAAAAGAGAAGCGGGAAGAAAUGUUGGAUGUUAUCUGCAAGGAAACUAGAUAUUGUUUGGGUUGAUAGUCCUGAAUUCUGGAUAUGGGUUUCGAUUCCGGACUCGAGAUUUGAGGAAGUUGCAGGGCUUCUAAUGGUAUGUUGGUUUGAAAUCCGAGGAACACAAGAGUCUAGAGAAGAUGGGUGGUUGGAGAUUGAACUUGGUGAAUAUUAUGUUGGUUUUGAUGAUGAGGAGAUCGAAAUGAGCGUAUUGGAGACUAGAGAAGGCGGUUGGAAAGGCGGAAUCAUCGUUCAAGGGAUCGAGAUUAGGCCAAAAGAAUUGUUGUGAUUAGGUAACUCCUUUUCCAAUGUGAUUUCUAGUUUCUUGUAUAAUAAAAAGUCUACAUUUUUUCAUAUCACUUUAACAAUCAUGCAUAGAUGAUGCAUGCUAUUGGAUAUGUAUAUUGACAUAUUGUUAGGUAGAGUGUUGAUCAUGUUAUCAUCAUUUUUUUUUAUUAGUUUGACUAUUUUGUAUUCUCCAUUUUGUUAUUGGUUGAAUGAUUUUUUUG